CCGGACAUGACUGCACUAUUGGACACAGCUAGAUUGACAGCAUCGCUUGCCUGCCUCGAUAACCCUGCGUCCCUGAGUAAGGUUACCAACCGCGAGCUGAUGGCAAACCUCUUCAGGGGCGCCGAAACUGCAUUUCUUGCAGAUGACAUCAAGCUGGCAACACCAGCCUAUGUCAGGAUUGAUGAUGGCUCAGGAGGGACCUCGGCUAUUUGGCGGAAGCUACUGGAUGCUGGCUUGGUUGCUCCAAUUGUUCUUAAACCGCUCCAAGCAUGUGGUUGUUCCGAUGCACACAACAUGGCCAUCAUCUUAGCUGACACCAGCAGCGAGAGGUGGCCCAGGGUGACGUUCCCAGUAUUUGCGCAGACAUUCAUCAAUCAUGGUGGUGUUGUUCACAAGGUUUCCGUCCUAGGCGACCAGGUUCAUGUGACACAACGGGAAUCAAUUCCGGACAUUUCCACGGGGGACAAUGCGGAAGUGAAGAGUGACAGCCGCCCAGUUGCUGUUUUGUUUGAUAGUCAGAAUAUGGCUGGUGCAGCACUGGUGCAUGAUGGUGUGCUGCAAUCUUCUUCUACGCGCUCCCGGCAAGGUGCAUUUUUGAAUGAAAGAUACAUCAAAGCUGCGGCUACACACCUUCGAGAGCAACUUGAUUUCAAUAUCUUUGGUUUUGAUGUAAUUGUAGAAAAUGGAACAGGUGAACACUAUGUCGUGGAUAUCAACUACUUUCCAUCCCUGAAAGAUGUGCCAAACGCUCGUGAGAAUUUCUGGAAUGUCUGCCACAGAAUUAAAACUAGGUGAAAUAUCAGAUGACUGGAUGGAAGGUAAUGUAAGAAAGCUGUGAAAAGGUCUCACUUGAUGACGCUGAACGUGAGAAGAUAUUCUGUAGGUUUUCCCCUAAAUUAAUUUUGAAAACUUACACCCUGCACGGUGCAUUGUGGAAGGACAUUUUUCUCAAAAGGAUGUAGGGAAGAAAGGUCGUACCGAAAAUAUAAUAUACUUAUUACAAAAAAUGGUGUGCUUACAUGAAAGCAGAGCGAGCGCCAAAAGAAAGGAGGGAGGGCUGUCUCGCACUGUAAGUGAAACAUACGAGAC